AUCCUUGAGCGGCUGCUAGCGCCAAGUGUGGGGUUUCGCGUCUUCGGUGUUCACCCCGCGGACCCUGGAGCCAGGCUGCACGCCGACGUCCUAUCUGCACUUCCCUUCCCGCACCUCCCGGCCUGAAUGUGUUCAGAGUCGCAUACCCAACCUGGAAGAGGUCUGGGAAUGCACGGUGCGAGGAGCAGGAGUGAGAGGCUGGCUCUAGGAUCUUGGAUAUGGACCUUCUUCAGUUCCUGGCCUUCGUCUUUGUCAUGCUAUUGUCUGGGACAGGAGUUACAGGCACCCUGAGGACCUCCCUGGACCCAAGCCUAGAGAUCUACAAGAAGAUGUUUGAGGUGAAGCGGCGGGAGCAGCUCUUGGCACUGAAAAACCUGGCACAGCUAAAUGAUGUCCACCAGCAGUAUAAGAUCCUUGACGUAAUGCUCAAGGGGCUCUUUAAGGUGCUGGAGGACUCGCGGACAGUGCUCAUUGCUGCCGAUGUGCUCCCGGAUGGGCCCUUCCCCCAGGACGAGAAACUGAAGGAUGCUUUCUCCCAAGUAGUGGAGAACACAGCCUUCUUCGGUGACGUGGUGCUGCGCUUCCCGAGGAUUGUGCACCACUACUUUGACCACAAUUCCAAUUGGAAUCUUCUCAUCCGCUGGGGCAUCAGCUUCUGCAACCAGUCGGGCGUCUUUGACCAAGGGCCCCACUCGCCCAUCCUUAGCCUGAUGGCCCAGGAGCUGGGGAUCAGUGAGAAAGACUCUGACUUCCAGAACCCAUUUAAAGCAGACCACCCAGAGUUCAUUUCCAGCACUGACCCUUUCCAGAAGGCCCUGAGGGAGGAGGAGAAACGCAGGAAGAAAGAGGAGAAGCGGAAAGAGAUGCGAAAAGGCCCCCGGAUCUCGAGAUCCCAGUCUGAGUUGUAGCAGGAGUGGCCCAGGGCUCAAGGGGCCAGGAGGAGACCAGUCCGGAGGAAGAGGCAGAGGCAUCUACUGGUGGUGAGAGCCAGCUCUGUGAAAGGGGAGGUGGCCUUUGCUCAGUCCCCUGAAGCUGGCUCUGCGCCCUAACUGAAGUGACUGGGCCACAGAGGGCUGGAUUUCCUUCCUGGGGCCUUCCUGGAGUGGGUGCCAAGGAGGCCUUCAGAGGAUGCCAUGCUGCAGAUCAAACCAUGUUGAGAUGCUAGGGGAGGCUGGAAGGAUCCUGGACUGGACCCUCCCUUUGAGUUAGGACCGCUGACCAGCCAGCUGCCACCCUUCAUGAGGAGGCAGCAGAAUCAGGCUCUGAGCCACUUGUGGAAGUGCCAUGCCUACUGAUGGCCCCACUGUGGCACUGAGCUGCUCAGCACAGGUCCCAGCCCCCUGCAGAGACACAGGAGAAGCCAGCAAGCCCUCUGGGCUAACCGAGGCUGAUUUGGGCCCCUGGGAGCUGUGAGCCCUUUCACAGGGUAGGGGCCUGGGGGGGGGGGGGGCGGGUUACCAGAGGUCCUCACAGAUGUAGAAACUACCUUAGAGGAUGUUCCCACCUCAUGAGGAGGAGCCCCAGGCCCUAGCAGGGCAGCGAAGCAGGGGCUUGGCUUAGGCCUUCUCUUCCCCUUCUCAGCACCAUCCUUCAUGAAGAAGUGUCCCGGGAGGGUGUUUAGCCAAAGACCUUAGAGCAACAUGAUCUCUGUCCUCUGACAUCUGGGAUGGUCCAUGAGCAGGUGCAGGGUAGAGUCGGCUUGUCCUCCAGGCAACUCUAGGAGAUCCUUGGCCUGUGGGUAGGGGCUGUUUUGGGAGACAGGCUGUAGCUCUACAGGAGGCUGUGCUUUGUAAAGGCAGACCUGCUGCAAGCUGGAUUGGUGAGACUGAGCUCCCCAUAGUAGAGACCAGUGGCUGUAGAGCAGGGAAGCUGCAGGGGAAUUAGGCCCUGAAUGGGCAGCUACCCUGUAAUAACGCCCCUCCCAGGCAGAAGAGGGAAAGGCUCUGGUGGGAAUUCUACUUUAGUCUCUUUGACCUGGCCAAGCCAGGUAUGACCAUCCCAGAACCCCCUAGUCCCCCACCACUGACAGAGCCCAAGAGAGACCUGAGUCUUGUCUCAGCCCCUCAGACUUGCCGAGUGAUCCUGGCCCAGCCUGUCCCUGUCCUGUAGCUUCACUGGCAAAAUGAAUUUGAUAAUGUCUGAACCCUCCCCAGCCCUAAACUGCUUCUCUGAGGCUGGGGCCUGGUUUCUCAGUGACAGAUGCCCUUCUCUCAUGGUUCUUCACCAUCCCAUAGGUUUGCUGAGCAUCCCUGUUUACACAGCCGAAGAGAAGGACCCAGUCUUCCCUAUCUUCACCUCUGUCCCAUCUGACACCCCCCAUCCUCCUAGGCUCUUCCUUCUACACCUUUCGCCUCUUCAUCUUGGUCGAUUCCUUCCUCUUCAUCCUCAAAGGGGCCCAGGUUUUCCCAUCUGACACCUUCAAAGAAACAGGCAGAACCACUCUGCUCUCCCCCUCUCCUUCCCUUUGAUGCCGUUGCUGAUUGUUGUUACUUGUUCCUGGGAUUCCCCCUCAAGUCUUACUGCAGACAGAGCCCUCUCACCUCGAGGCCCAAGGGCAUGUGUUUGUCCAGCUUCCUUACAGCUAUGAUUCAGUCCCAGGAGCAAAGUGCCAUCAACCAGAUGCACCAGCCCGUGUGGGAGUUGUGCCGGUGAAGGUAGUGGCCACUGGGACCAGAGGUAGGGGGUCAGGGGGUGGGGGGUUCUAGUGGCCAGACCAACACCAAGGGUGCCCAGUGGUGGCAACAGUGAUGUCUUCAGUGGUGUUUUCAGCAUGGUCUAGGAUGUUUUUCCUGUCUGCUGAGCUUCCUAGUUCAAUCUCAGGCACCCCUGGAGAGUCUGGGAGCUAGCUCCCCUGUGUCCUCUGAGGCAGGAUUUCUCAGCAGUGGCACUGUUUACAUUUAAGGCCAGAUAGUUCUUUGUUGUGUAUAUGAGGAUGGCUGACCUGUGUGUGUAGGAUAUUUAGCAGCAUUCUUAGCCUCUGCCUACCAGAUGCUAGUAGCAGUCUCCAGACAUUACCACAGGACCCCUGGGGACAAAAUCUCCUUGGUCCACAGCACUUGUCCCUCCUUAUCCAAGCCCUACAUCUUCCUCUGCUGUCCCCAGUCACUGCCCUCAGAGAGAUGCUGUUGGAAGCUCCUUGAGAUGAUCCUUCCAGGCUUCUGGGCUGCUAUGUUGUCCUGGUUCUCUGCCCUUAGUCUCAAUCUGCUUUGUCUCUUCCUGAUUCCUCUUUCCUUCCCCACCCCUUAAAUGAAGAGUUUUAGCUUAGUCUCUCCUCUCUGCUCUUUUCUGCUUGGCACCUUUAUCCUCUGAGACCCCAAAGCUGAUGACACCUUCCCUCUUGCCACUGAUAAUCCUCAGUCCUUAGGUUUCAGCUUAUCCAAAACCAAACUUGUAAUUUCCCAUCCCCAAGCCAGCCUGAUCUUUGUGUCAAACCAUGGGGUACAUGUUCUUGCGUAAUGCUGGAGGAAGUGACAAAUCCUGAAAGAUUGGGGGAGGAAGGAGAAGGUGACAAGGCACUGUGAGCAGAGGCCUAAAAGGGGAGGCAUCAAAGGUACUCCGUGAAAAAGCAUGUGCAACAUUCUCUUCUAUGACCUGUAGUAGUUGCCCAGUCUGUGGUAGAUCUCUGGAUAUAUGGUUGUCUAGUCCCUCCCUUUCCAGAUGAAGAACCCAGGUCCUGAGGAGUGACUUGUCUAAGACUGGUCCACUCUUGAGAGCCAGUCUCUGUUCUCCCAGCCAGGGCAAGGUGCCCGCUGGGAGAGAUGUUCAAUUAGGUGGGAUCCAGGGCCAUAGGGACAAUGCCAGUGUUUCGCUGGAUGCAGUGCAGCCACAUUUUUUCUGCAAUUUCUCCUGAGCCUUCAUUUGUGCUCCCUCAGGCCACUUUGUUAGGCCCCACCGCUUCUAGGCAGAUCCAGUAGGGAGUUGUGGGGACAGCACAGAGUGGGAGGUACUGUGCCCGACCUGCUGCUUAGGUUGCCCUCUGCAGGGCGAUGCUCGGGCUUUGGGUUGGGAGACAGCUGUACCAAACUGAGUUAUGGUAGUCCAGAGACAGUCACCCCUCAGUGGGGGGAGCCCUGUGAGAGGUGCAGUCCAAGGUGGCACUGCCCAACUCCAUGCCUGAUCCAGGGCAGGGCAUCAGGGUUUAGUUUCCUGUUUCAGGGUGAGACUGGUAGGUGUAGUCUGCGUAUAAACUCUUCUGCAUGUAAACAGUGAAGAAACAUUCUUGUCCUUUUUUCCCCCCAAAAUAAGUCACUUUUUUCUUAUGUUAUACAUGUUCAUUAUAAGAAGUAAUUUAAACAAUACUGAAACACCAAGAAGAAAAUAAAAUUCACCCUAAGUCCAACCACUCCCAUAAUCAUGACUGACAACUCAGCUGUUGGGCCUUCCAGCCUUUUGCCCUUCAUGUGAGCACAUAGAUCCCUAUUUUUUCAAUUGCAGUAGCUGCUUUGUACGGGCACAUACUAUAUGCCAGGCCUUAUGCCAAGUGCUGGCUGCUGGCAACUCCUCCUGCCUCAGGGCCUUUGUCCAUAUCAUCUGUUCCCCUGGCUACACUAGACAUGAUUCCUCAAAAUUUUAGGUUUCAUCUUAAAUGUCAGAGUCCUUUAACUGACAACCUAAGUUAGGUCCUUUGUUAGUUUCAUCACCCCCUUUACUCUCCAUUGAUUACCUGUACCUUACCUGCUUUCUAUUUCUGUUUAACGUCUGUUCUCUUCACUAGACUGGAAGCUCUCAGAGGGCAGGAACUGCCUUUUUUUGCCUGUCAGAAAUGUUCAAUAAAUGUUGUCAAGUGAA